AUGAUUAAUUACUUAACGCUUUCUAAGAAACGAGAGAUUACAAUACUACUGUUGGGCCAGUCGGGUGUGGGAAAGUCUACAUUUAUAAAUGCCCUGGUCAAUUAUUUAUCAUUUGAAAAUAUGGAUGAGGCAAAUGGACAACCAAUAUGUUUAAUACCCGUGAGCUUUACGAUAGCGGACCCAAUGACAGUCAGACCAGUGAGUGUAGCACUCGGUGACCAGGAUUUUGAUGAGAACACUGAAGACCCGACUAAAUCGGCCACAAAAAUACCCAAAUGUUAUAAAUUUCAAAACGACAAUAUUGUGCUCAAUAUAAUCGAUACGCCGGGAGUUGCGGACACGGCUGGUGUGGACAAAGAUCAGACACAUAUGCAAAAUAUAUUGGACUUUAUAAGCAAUUAUCGGGAAAUCAAUGCCUUUUGUGUGCUUUUAAAGCCAAACGAUGCGAAAGUUGACGUAGUGUUUAAGUAUUGUAUGUUUCAAUUGUUCACUCAUUUGAAUAAAAGCGCCGCAAAUAAUAUACUAUUCUUAUUCACAAACUCCCGGAGCACUCACUACUUGCCCGGGGAUUCCGGACCCGCUUUGAUCAGCCUUUUAGACCAAAUAAGAGAAAGACCACCAAAUGUUGACAUCAUUUAUAAUAAGAAGACUACUUAUUGUUUCGAUUCCGAGUCCUUUCGAUAUCUCGUGGCUUCGGUUCCGCCAAAUAAUAUACAGUUUGACCCGAAAUAUAAGUCUAGUUAUGUUGAAAGUUGGGACAGGGUGGAGAUUAAUCAACUAUACAAAAGUAAACUCGAAUAUCUCGAA